ACUACAUACAUGCACAAUCGCCAAGGCCGCCAUUGAAAUCUCUUCCCCAUCAUUCCCAUUUCUUCUUCUUCGCCUGAGUUUUCUGACUGAUCGUGAAAUGGGAAACCCAGGUCGGAAAAUUAUGUUCUUCUUCGUCGUCAUUUCUUUCAUUCUUUCUCGGUUUUGCUCUGCAUCCGACACGAUCACGCAAGGCGGAUCGUUGAAAGACGGAGAGUCCAUUGUCUCCGAUGGCGAUAUUUUCGAACUGGGAUUCUUCAGCCCGGGGAAUUCGACGCUGCGGUACGUCGGAAUCUGGUACCAUAACAUUCAAGAACUUACGGUCGUUUGGGUGGCGAACAGAGAGAGGCCAAUUUCUGGUAAAACCGGGGUUUUGACGAUCGACAGCGAUGGCAAUUUGGUCAUUUUGGAUGGGAACAACAGCGGCUCUAUAUGGUCGAGUAACGCCUCGGUUUCAUCGAACAACACGACGGCGAAGCUUAACGACGAAGGAAAUCUCGUUCUUUCGGGUUCGACGGAGAAGGUUUAUUGGCAGAGCUUUGAGCAACCGACAGACACGUUUUUACCUGGGAUGAAAGUGGAGGCGAGUUCUAGGAAAGGAGAGAACUGGGCUUUCAGUUCGUGGAAAUCUCCGAACGACCCGUCACCUGGGAACUACUCCAUGGGAGUUGAUCCUCGCGGGUCGCCGCAGAUCGUGAUACGGAAGGGAUUGGAGAGGCGUUGGAGAAGCGGGCAUUGGAAUAAGCAGAUUUUCACCGGCGUUCCGAAUAUGUCGUCGAAUUAUCUAUACGGGUUUAAGCUGCAGGAGCAGGACGGGACGAGUUACAUUUCUUAUGUUCCUUCGAAUGGUUCGGAUAAGUUGAGGUUUAGGAUUGAGAGGAACGGGUUUGAGGAGCAACUGAGGUGGGAGGAAGACAAUAACAAGUGGCGUGUUACGCAGUAUCAGCCUGAUAAGACUAAUGAAUGUGAACUUUACAAUAAGUGUGGGAAAUUCGGAGUUUGCAGCUCAUGGGAGUCGCCGAUUUGCGAGUGUAUGGAUGGCUUUGAGCCUGUGGAUUUGGUGGAGUGGAGGAGGGGGAAUUGGUCUAAAGGGUGUAAGAGGAGAACAAAAUGGAAGUGUGAGACUAACAGCAGCUCUGGGAUAGAGGAGGAUGGCUUUGUCGUCAUGAAAUCGGUGAAGAUGCCGGAUUUUGCUGAUUUGGUGACGCCAGGUUCGGCGACGAGUUGUGAGGAUAUGUGUUUGAAGAAUUGCUCUUGUGCGGCUUAUGCGGAAGCUAGUGGAAUUGGGUGUUUGAUAUGGACAACAAACUUGUUGGAUGUCCAGCACUUUAAAAAGGGGGGGAAUACACUUAACGUUCGGGUUGCGCAUUCUGAUCUUGGUGGCAAGAGCAAAAAAUCCACUGCUUUGAUAAUUACAUUAACUGUAGUGGGAGCAAUUCUCCUAGGUUUAUUUAUAUGGAUACUAUGGAGGUUCAAACUAAAACUGAAAGUUUUGCCGAAUCCUUCUCCAGUCUCCUGGUUGAGGAGCAGCGAAAUACUACCUUCUGAUGCGGGCAAGAGCAAGGAACACUCGACAGAUCUUUCGGGAUCGAUUGACGUUAUAGAAUGCUCCCAAGUAAACAGGUCGGAGUUACCGUUGUUCUGUUUCGAUGUCGUGGCAACCUCUACAAACAACUUUUCUGAAGAAAACAAGCUUGGAGAAGGUGGAUUUGGGCAUGUCUAUAAGGGAAAGCUUCCAGGGGAACAAGAAAUAGCUGUAAAGAGGCUUUCUAGAAAAUCAGGCCAAGGCUUGGAGGAGUUUAAGAAUGAGAUCAUUCUUAUUGCUAAGUUACAACAUAGGAAUCUCGUUAGACUGUUGGGCUGCUGCAUUCAAGGAGAAGAAAAGAUGUUGCUUUAUGAGUACAUGCCUAACAAAAGUUUGGACUUCUUUCUUUUCGCAGAUACAGAGAAGCGGGCACUGCUAGAUUGGAGAAAACGCUUCAAUAUAAUUGAAGGGAUUGCAAGGGGGCUACUUUAUCUGCACCGAGACUCGAGACUUCGAAUAAUUCACCGAGAUCUAAAGGCAAGCAACAUUUUGCUGGAUGAAGAGAUGAACCCAAAGAUUUCAGAUUUUGGCAUGGCAAGAAUAUUUGGAGGAAACCAAAAUGAACUAAAUACAAACCGAGUAGUCGGCACAUUCGGUUAUAUGUCACCUGAAUAUGCAAUGGAGGGUCUCUUUUCAGUCAAGUCAGACGUAUAUAGUUUCGGGGUGUUGUUGUUGGAGAUAGUGAGUGGCCGAAGGAACACUAGCUUUCGUAAUACCGAACACCUAAGCCUGAUUGGAUUUGCUUGGAAUAUUUGGCAUGAAGGAAGAGCAAUGGAACUCCUUGAUCCCUCUAUCGCAGAAACAUGUUCCCAAAACGAAGUCUUAAGAUGCAUUCAAUUAGGGGUUUUGUGUGUGCAAGAUUCUCCACUUCAUAGACCGACCAUGUCGUCUGUAAUUUUGAUGUUGGAGAGUGAAAAUGCAAAUCUUCCAUUGCCAAGGCAACCAACAUUCACUUCAAUGAGAGGCAAUAUUGUAGAUAUGGACUUGUUUUCAGAAGGUCGUGACCAUGCAUCCGUAAGCGAUGUAACGGUUACAAUGGUAGAUGGGAGAUAGGGAUAUGAAACUCCAAUUUAGAGCUUACUUCUUUUGUGUACGCCGUUUCUGAUAGACAAAAUUAUGGCAGUGCGAGGUUUUUCCCGAUUCAUUAAUUCUUAUUUGUGCAUAAGAACAGAGGAAGGCCAAUGUGGUGCCGAUUGAGAUUUGAGUGGCUCAAGGGCUUACACAAAUGUAUAGGAAACCUUUUACUUUCUUACUUGAUAAUGAUCAAUACAAACGACAGAAUUGUAGUUAGGCAUGUAAUGUAUAAUUUGGAUGUAUAUCAAUUAUCAUGAAAAGAAAGUUUCAAUCUGAAAUAUGCAGUUCAUCCAGAGGCCUCCUGUGACAUAAGAA